CCACACACAUUCCCCAAGAAUCUUUAUCAAUUUUUUCUGCGUUUCAAGUCCAGGAAACUGUUACUUUUGGUUUGGUUCCAUGAAGAGUUCAGUUCCUUGUCCAGAUACUUCUUGAAUAUCAGGUUCUUUGCUUGGGUGCCAGGCUACCAAAAUGAAUAACCACUGGUCCAGAACAGGAUGUAUAUCUCCCCCAGAAUGCAGAUAAGAGGAAAAGUGAAUCUGGUAAAAAUGGGUAUCGUUGUCACCAGGGAUACAUCAACUCUCUCACUCGGCUCAUAAUUGGCCUUCUGUAGGCUUCGUCUUGUGGCAGCACAAUUAGCAGGCGUCAUCCUCUCAUUGUUAACAGUCAAAUUUAGGAUUACGACUCCAGGUAACACCACAGAGCGGGAAGUGUCCUUGGGGAAAGAGAAGUCCCCUGAACAUACAAACUGGGUAUCCAGAAUUUUGAUUUUGCAUCUGCACACAGAUCCUGUCUUGUCUGGAGUCUCUGCUGAGUACCGUAGAUUCUGCGACAGCAACGGGGAGCUGUGACUUUCGAAACAAUUUUACCUUUUAACUGAAUCCAGGGAAGUAAUUUGCAACAAAGUGGCAGACGACGCAAAGCGCUGAACGCUAGACUGUACUUUAUUUCCUCCCAACUUCAUGUUUCCAUGCACCAAAAUGUUGAUGCUGCAAAUAUCGGAUGCCAAGCUUACCUGACAGGCCUCUUCCAUCCCACCUGGGAGCAGGGGCUCACGGCGAGCGCGCGAACGCGGCAGCAGCGGGCUUAGUGGGCCGCUGCCCGGGUGCCGUAGAUUCCGCGCUGCCCGGUUGCCGUAGCUCCUCUGCGGCCGCGGAGCCCACAGGCAGCCCCUCGCGCGCAAGCGCACUCCCCUCUCCGGUCUCUAGCUGGGCUGCGACCGGCGCGCUCCGGCGGGCGGGGUCUCGCGGCCACGUUACCCGCGCCAACAUGGCGGCGCCCAGCGGCGUCCGCCUGCUCGUUCGCAGAGGUUGUCAUAGAAUGUUCUCUUCACCACUCAAUCAUAUCUACUUACACAAGCAGUCAAGCAGUCAACAAAGAAGAAAUUUCUUUUUCCGGAGACAAAGAGAUAUUUCACACAGUAUAGUUUCACCGGUGGCAGUUUCUUCAGCUCAUCCAGUCCCUAAGCACAUAAAGAAGCCAGACUAUGUGACGACAGGCAUUGUACCCGAGUGGGGAGACAGCAUAGAAGUUAAAAAUGAAGAUCAGAUUCAAGGGCUUCAUCAAGCUUGUCAGCUGGCCCGUCAUGUCCUCCUUCUGGCUGGGAAGAGUUUAAAGGUUGACAUGACAACUGAAGAGAUAGAUGCUCUUGUUCAUCAGGAAAUCAUCAGUCAUGAUGCCUAUCCCUCACCUCUAGGCUAUGGAGGUUUUCCAAAAUCUGUUUGUACCUCUGUAAACAACGUGCUUUGUCAUGGUAUUCCUGACAGUCGACCUCUUCAGGAUGGAGAUAUUAUCAACAUUGAUGUCACGGUCUAUUACAAUGGCUAUCAUGGAGACACCUCUGAAACAUUUUUGGUGGGCAAUGUGGAUGAAUGUGGUAAAAAGUUAGUGGAGGUUGCCAGGAGGUGUAGAGAUGAAGCAAUUGCAGCUUGCAGAGCAGGGGCUCCCUUCUCUGUAAUUGGAAACACAAUCAGCCACAUAACUCAUCAGAAUGGUUUGCAAGUCUGUCCACAUUUUGUGGGACAUGGGAUAGGAUCUUACUUUCAUGGACAUCCAGAAAUUUGGCAUCAUGCGAAUGACAGCAACCUACUCAUGGAGGAGGGAAUGGCAUUCACCAUAGAGCCUAUCAUAACCGAGGGGUCCCCUGAUUUUAAAGUCCUGGAGGAUGCAUGGACGGUGGUCUCCCUGGACAACCGAAGGUCGGCACAGUUUGAGCACACUGUUCUCAUCACGUCGCGGGGCGCGCAAAUCCUGACCGAACUGCCCCACGAGGCCUGAGGAGAAGACCGAAGGUCGCAGAGGCCGGGCACCUUUUAUCUUACUGCUGAAAUCCAGCCGGAGAACUUGUAGAAGAAACAGGCGAGCGGCAGGUCGCUCAGUAACAUAACCGGCUCCUAGCAGCGUCUUGGAAAGACCCGGUGGGGGUUAGGGGCAGUUGGGAACUCCGGUCUGAAGUCCUGCAACGGCCGUGCGACUUGGGAAGGAGGAUCCCGGCGCGCAACUCGGCUUCCCAGCGCGGAAAACGCUUCUGGCGGGGAAUGGGGACGUCCUCGUUUGGAAGACGAGGGGUUCCCAGAGACGCAUGGUUUUCUCUUUCCAUGUCUUGCCUGCCCAAAUGAAAAGCUUUCACCUCUUAAA